CCCCUGCGGCGGGGGGGGUGCGGGAAGCCCCGCGCUGUCGCCCGCCUUUGGGAAAGGGCUGCUGGCCCCGUGGGGGACGCGGCGCAGCUGGCCCCGUCCGGACCUGCGGUCUGCCUUGCUGCCCUUGCGCGCGGGCACCCAGGAUGGGCACCCCAGCCUCUGUAGUGAGCGAACCACCCCCUUGGCAGGCCCCGGCGGAGGCCCGUGGUCGCAAGCAGGCCUCAGCCAACAUCUUCCAGGAUGCUGACCUGCUGCAGAUCCAGGGGCUGUUUCAGCGCAGCGGGGAUCAGCUGGCUGAGGAACGCGCCCAGAUCAUCUGGGAGUGCGCAGGGGACCACCGUGUCGCCGAGGCCUUGCGCAGGUUGCGCAGGAAGAGGCCCCCCAAGCAGAACCCCGUGGGCCACUCACUCCACCACUGCAGCCGGCUCAAGGCUCCGGAGCCCCCCACUUCACCAGCUGACCCACAGAGCAGGGCCUCGGAAGUGACGUCCGGCGAGCAGUGUCUGAACUCCAGGAGGUCGAGUGCCAGGAUCCGCCAGAACUGGAGGAAGCCGAGCCCCAGCAGCUACCUGCAUCAGAUCAGGCACUGACCCGAGCAGGCACUGGGGGCGGCGGCUGUGUCUCUCCCAGGCAUUCCAAGGACUCCGCCAAGAGGCCCAGGGAGGCCCCGGAGGGGAGAAGAGGCAGAGAGCAGCUGUGGGUCCGUGGGGGCCCACUGCCAGGGGCUGUCCAGAACAGGAAGGGAGGCUCCACGGGAGAUCCCACCCCUGCCUCCGCCCUUCCCCUCCAACGCUCCGGCCUUGUGCAUGCCGUUCCCCCGUGGGAGGCGGGGGCCAAGCGCAACUGGAGCCCCCUGCCCCUGGGCACCCCCUGCGCCAGCAGCCACUCCACACGCACAACACAAACACGCGCAUCCCAAACUGCAUGACACUGUCCAAGUGGUUUGAAUGGCAGAAUAAACACACGAAGCAUC